GUUACAUUAAUGGUGGAAUUUUCUUUCAAUGAUUUCUCUUUGUCAAAAUUAUUUUACAAUACAAAAACCUGACAUUUGAACAGGGAUCUAUAUACUUUUUAUAUCCACUGCAGCCUUGUUCCUGUUUUUGUAAUCUCUGCCUGGUGAGCCUAUUGUGCUGUUUAACAAGUGGAAAAAAUAUAGUAUAAGACCAUUUCUUGGAGCUGAAUUUGCCAAAAAAUAAAAAUAUUUUAUUUAAUGUUUUAAAUUGAUAGUGUUCAGCAUUAUCUGAAUUUGCAUUCAUAUUUUAUUCAGAUAUUUAAAAACAUUUGCAUUCAAUAUGAUGUUUAUGGGUGGCACAGUGGCCGACUGGUUAGCCUCACAGUUCUGAGGACUUUGGUACAAUCUCCGGCCCCACCUGUGUGAUGUUUAGAUGUUCUCUCCGUGCCUGCGUGGGUUUUCUCCGGGCACUCCGGAUUCCUCCCACAUCCCAAAAACAUGCAUGAAUUGGAGACUCUAAAUUGCCCGUACCCCGCCUCCUGCCCGAUGAUAGCUGGGAUAGGCUCCAGCACGCCCGCGACCCUAGUGAGGAGAAGCGGCUCAGAAAAUGGAUGGAUAAUUGAUUUACUCAAUUGACCAUUCUAUUACAUUUUUUUUUAUUGUGACACAGCAGGAUACAGCAGGUUUUACUUAUGAGGGAUUAAAGUACAGUCCCCUGGGUUGAUGCAAUGUUAAAUAACCUGUCCCCUACAUGGAGCAGUGCUCUUUAACCGUUGUUAUUAGCUGUUCUUAUCUGAUAAAAUUGAGUAUAAAAGGAGGUACUAGUCCAAGAGAGCGAGUAAGAGAACAGACCGUUAUUAGUGCAAGUAACCAUGAAUGCAUCAACAAGUUUACGAGUGCGUCUGCCAGCGUUGGUGUUAGUGUUGGAAGUCAUCAUCCUGACUCUAUAUGCUGUCUUUGUCACAUAUGACGACAAUGCCAAUGCCAAGCUGCAAAACAAUGAGACCAACCCGAUGGACAACGCCGUGUAUCGCGACUACCCGUACUUCGCUGACGUCCAGGUGAUGAUCUUCGUAGGUUUCGGUUGCCUGCUGGCCUUCUGCCGAUUCUAUGGCUUCAGUGGAAUGGUCUUCAACUUUCUUACGGCCACCUUUACAAUCCAGUGGGCGAUCAUCAUCCAAGGCUUCUUCCAGUUUUACCACGAUGGUAGAAUUCACCUGGGUGUCAUCAACUUGCUGUAUGCAGAGUUUGCGUGCGCUGUGGUGCUCAUCUCCUUUGGGGCUGUGCUUGGGAAGACCAGUCCGGUGCAGCUCUUGGUGAUGGCUCUGCUGGAGAUCCCCGUGUUUGCUGUGACAGAGUGGGCUGUAUUGAAAUACAUCCGAAUCAAUGAUGCUGGUGGCAGUAUUCUUAUUCACUUGUUUGCCUGCUACUUCGGCCUAGGCGUGACAUUUGUGCUCUACCGCCCAGUCCUCAAUAAUGGGCACCCCAAAGAAAUCACUAGUUACCAUUCAGAUAUCCUCUCUACAAUGGGAACCUUGUUCCUCUGGGUGUUCUGGCCUUCCUUCAACUCUGCACUCACCUUAAAAGGUGACGAUCAACACAGAGCAAUCCUGCACACUUUUAUCGGUCUGAGCUCGUCCACUCUCACUGCAUUCGCACUUUCAGCAGUGUUUACGAAGAGAGGCAAGCUCACAAUGGCUGACAUCCAGAACGUGAGUUUGGCAGGUGGUGUGACAGUUGGAGCGUCAGUGGACAUGAUGAUUUCUCCUUCAGCUGCCUACGCUUUGGGCAUCAUGGGCUGCACUGCUUGUUUCUUUGGAUACAAGUACCUUAGCCCCUUUUUAGCACGGCACAUGAAGAUCCAGGACCAGUGCGGCAUUCACAAUCUGCAUGGACUCACGGGCCUCAUUUCAUCCACUGCUGGAAUCUGCGCCAUCCUGCUGGCAACUGAGGAAACCUACGGACCCAGCAUGUACCAGAUCUUUUCCCACCGCGCUCCCCCUGAGGGGGAUCCAAAGCUCCUGGAGCUUCAGAAGUUGAUCCCCGGGUUGAAGCCAGGUUUGGGGCGGACGGCACCAGAGCAGGCUCUGUACCAAGUGGCAGCGGUCUUUUCCACCAUUGCAGUUUCUAUUGUUGGUGGGAUGCUGACUGGUUUGGUCUUGAGGCUGCCGUUUAUGGCUUCCCCAUCUGAUGAGGACUGUUUUGAUGAUGAAGUGUUUUUUGAUAUGCCUUCAGAUUUUAUUGAGAUCGAAGCUAUAAAGAACUCUAUAACCUGCAAUGAUGUUGAUGUCCAUAAAAAUAAAUUAUCUCCAUGAUGUUUACAUAAAUGUGAGUCAUUCCACUUAUGAUGUUCUGAUACGUAAUUGAAUGUUAUCAAUCAUUACGGCUGUUAUGUCUAUUUAUUUAAUAAAUUUUAAAAAAAGAAUGAAGGUGCGGACUCUUUUUUUUUUAACAAAUACACAUAACACAACAUAUUUUCCAGGUACUAGUCAUCAAUUUUCAAACUGCACAUAAUUUUAGAUUAAUUAAUGAGGGAUUAGCUUUCAUUACUGAAUAUGUCUACAAUAAACUAAGCAACAGAGCAAUGUAGAUGUAGUUCUCACAGUUUGAAGGUUGUGUAGCUAAUUUUACACAAAAACGUCACUUUAAUCAUCUGUUGCC